AAAUAAUAAAAACCUCCUAUCCAUAUUAACAGCUCAGAUUAGAGGUUGCAGGCCGAGGGACCUGAGAGCUGCCCUUUUUUCACUGCCGUUUAGUUUCCACUGCUCCUCGAGGAGUGGAGGAACUCGACAAGCAUCAGCUCUUGUGACCACUAUUUGCAUUCAAACAAACUCUUUGUAGAAAUGUUCUACCAAGAAAGCUCUAAUCUCUUUUCUCAGUGGAUCUCAGUUGAUUUACUCAAGUGAAUGAGUUGAGCUGUUAGUCUCAUCUGCAGCUAUAUAUCAAACCGAAUAUGAACUUAUCUGAUGACUGUCUAGUUUGUAUUUUUCAAAAGCUUCAGAAUGGAACCGAUCGAAAUUCUUUCGGGUUAACUUGUCGCCGUUGGCUCCAUAUUCAAAAUAUUUCUCGUCGAUCAUUGAAUCUCCACUUCUCUUACGAGCCGACGGCGUAUCACUCAAAUCUGAGAUAUCUUCCAAUGCUACUAAAUCGUUUCUCUCAACUAACCUCAGUAUCAAUAGAAGGUUGCAAAGAAUUACCUGAUUCAGCAUUAGCCGGAUUGAAGAACUUGAAAACUACCCUGCGCUCAUUAUCCUUAUAUUGUUGUUUCAAUAUCACAGAUGAAGGUGUCACUCAGGUUGCUAUCCAAUGCAAUCGAUUGGUAUCACUGAUACUAUAUAAAUGCAACAUUACUGAUAUCGGAUUAGAAAUGAUAGCAAAUUUCUGCAAGUUGUUGGAGAAUUUGAACUUAUCUUACUGUGUGAACAUCACUGACUGGGGGAUUCUAGCAGUUUCAAGAGGAUGUCGGUUGCUUCAUGUGUUAGUGGUUUCUGGCUGUAGAGAUGUAGUGGGAACUGGACUUAGAGGAUGUUCGGAGAGGCUAGAAUACAUAGAAGCUGAGUGUUGUAUGUUUACCAGAGAAGGUCUGUUGGAAGCAGUACGUGCUGGUGGGUUGACGUACCUGAAUCUGUCGAGUCCGAGAUGUUCGAUGAACAUCGACGGCAUAGCUCUUGUGCUCGCGCCGCGGCUCCAGAUUCUGAAUCUUCGCUUGUGCAGGUUUAUAUCGAACGAAUCCAUAGCUACCAUAUCGAAGGCUUGUCCAUUGCUGGAGGAAUGGAGUGUUGCUGUGUGUCAUGAGAUUGGAGCUUUGGGAUGGGGAGAAAUUGGAUUGAAUUGCUGUAAUUUGCAGGUGUUGCAUGUGAAUCGAUGUCGGAAUCUAUGUGAUAGAGGAUUGGAGGCUUUGGGUGAGGGUUGUGGAAGAUUGAGGGUUUUGCAUAUGCAUGGAUGUAAGAAGGUUAGUCAUAUGGGACUUGAAUUGUUCAGACUUAGGAGAAGUGAUGUAGAGAUAAGAAGUGAAGAACGGGUGUCUAUUGGGCCUAGAAUUUAUGACUUUUUUGCAUGAACAGAAUUUUUUGAACUGGCAGCAUGGACUCUGGAUAUGAAAUGAACUUUUUUUUUUUUGGCAAAUGUUAUGGCUAAUAAUUUAAUGUAAUGUUUCAUUACGGUUUAAUGUGUUGAUCUAAAUUUAAAAAUAUUUAUGUGAUUAUGUGUA